AUGGCCAGGUCCCCUGGGCUCUCGCAGCCCCACACCCUGCAGCACAGAGCCUCGGCUGAGCAGGGGGAGGGAGCUGGGAGCCAGGCUCCCGCAGCAGAGUCUCCGGCCAGGAAGAACCAGCACGUGUCCAACGUGUCCGUGCAGCUGGAGAUGCGGAGCCUGUGGGAGGAAUUCAACAGCCUGGGCACCGAGAUGAUUGUCACCAAAGCAGGGAGGAGGAUGUUCCCCACCUUCCAGGUGAAGCUCUCGGGGCUGGACCCGCUGGCCGACUACGUGCUGCUCAUGGACUUUGUGCCCCUGGACGACAAGCGAUACAGAUAUGCCUUCCACAGCUCCUCGUGGCUGGUGGCUGGCAGAGCGGAUCCGGCUGCGCCCGGCCGAGUCCACUUCCACCCCGACUCGCCCGCCAAGGGGGGCCAGUGGAUGAGGCAGAUCGUCUCCUUCGACAAGCUCAAACUCACCAACAACCUGCUGGACGACAACGGCCACAUCAUCCUGAACUCCAUGCACCGGUACCAGCCCCGCUUCCAUGUGGUGUACGUGGACCCGCGCCGGGACAGCGAGCGCUUCGCCCACGAGAACUUCAAAUCCUUCACCUUUGUGGAGACCCAGUUCAUGGCGGUGACGGCCUACCAGAACCACCGGAUCACACAGCUGAAAAUCGCCAGUAACCCCUUUGCCAAGGGGUUCCGGGACUGCGAGCCAGACGACUGGUAA